AAGAAGCGCUCAAACCCAGCAUCAUCGUGCUCAUCUUCAUCAUCCUCAACCGCGCUCUUUAGGGCGUUAUAAGCGUCUCUUAGCGGGAUCGUGUCCUGUGCUACUUUACAGAUAAAGUUACUCAGCAGGAGGAAGUUAAUCGUCUUUGUUUUUUUCCCCAGAAAAAAAGCAAGUUCAGGAUUUCUGAGCCAUCAUUUCCUAUACGGUGCCCAUCAUACAGAGCAGGAGGUCUAAAUCUGCAGAAUGUAGAUUCUAUAUCAACCACCAAGGAUCUCUCUCCCAUAUUGUUGCCUUACCUCAGAAUGUCCAUAAAAUGCAUUUGUGAUCCUGUUAUGAAUGGAACUGAAUUUGAUUUCACUCCAUGCAACAUCUCUUCAUUUAACCACACUGGUAAUGGGAGUGGAUUUUGUCAGCCCCAAACAAUGGAAGAUAUCCUGCUCAGACUCCUUGGACCAAGGAGGUCUCCAUUUUUCCUCCCAGUGACAUUAACCUACAUAUUUAUCUUUGUCACUGGUGUUUUGGGGAAUCUUCUUACUUGUACAGUGAUCACUAAGCACAAGAAGAUGAGAACACCUACCAACCUGUACCUCUUCAGCCUGGCCAUAUCUGAUUUGCUGGUGCUGCUGUUUGGAAUGCCUCUGGAGAUAUAUGACCUGUGGCAAAACUACCCUUUCCCAUUUGGUGAGAUCAUUUGCUGUUUCAAGAUAUUUUUGUUUGAAACGGUUUGCUUUGCAUCUGUGCUUAAUGUCAUGGUUUUGAGCAUUGAACGCUAUGUGGCUGUGGUCCACCCACUCAAGACUCGAUAUGCCAUCACCAACAAACAUGCACAGAGGGUUAUCGGAGGGGUUUGGGCUGUGUCUCUGGUCUGUGCCAUCCCUAACACCUCCCUCCAUGGCUUACAUUAUUAUUAUCUACCUGAGAAGGUCCUUGAGUCAGCCACCUGCAACCUUCUCAAGCCCCAGUGGAUUUAUAACUUGGUGAUCCAGGUGACCACCAUUCUGUUCUACUUUAUACCCAUGACAGUGAUUAGUGUGCUCUAUAUAGUAAUAGGGAUAAGGCUUGGCAGGGAGCAGAGGCAGAAGGGUAGGAAAGUGGGGAAAAAUUGCAGUGCAGACACCAGUUGGAAGAUACAAGUUGAGAGUGGACGGAAGAGGCAAAUCACCAAAAUGCUAUCUGUUGUGGUGCUGGCCUUUGCUAUCUGCUGGGCUCCAUUCCAUAUUGACAGACUCUUGUGGAGUUUCAUCACUAAUUGGACCGACCACUUGCACAACAUCUUUGAGUACGUGCAUAUCCUUUCCGGCGUGUUGUUUUACCUCAGCUCUGCCAUCAAUCCUAUAAUCUACAACCUUCUUUCCAGCCGCUUUCGGGAACGAUUUUUUGAGCUGAUGUGUAGGCACCCACAAGUCAACACUAGACGGAGCAGCUCUCCACCCUACAGCAAGAGGAUUUCUUUCCUUAAAAGCCAUGAGGCUCUCAGAGCCAACGCUCAGGGCCACAGUAACUAUUCAAAAGGGCCCCAACCCUCUGUUAUCCUCGGCACUGGAUGGGAACAGGAGCUUGACACCUCCUUUAUGUAACAGAGUGUAGGGUUUGUUGUACUGUCGUCAACAUUGACCAUUUUUUUAUUCAGUGAGGAGAGGUAGCAUUCUCUGCCAAUUUACGUUUUUUAAAUCCGUGAGAAAACAAAAUGAGAAAGUGUCAAUGUUCAUGUUAUGUGUAUGUUUUUUGAAUGCUGCAAAAACAACAAAAAUAAUAUCGACAAAAACAGCUUUCCUUUAACUUCAUUGUAUAUUUCUACACAACUACUGGUAGUAAGAACAUCAUUUCCCUAUACAGUCAAUUAAGUGUGCACAAUAUGACAGAAUUAUCAUUUCACAGUAUUUCACAAAAUUUAUCAAGGUGUUUAAAACACAUUUAAAAACAUGGAAAUUACCUUCACUGAGAGUCUUAUAAAAUAGAUACACAAAUAAUUCAAAACUGAACAAUACAUUUUCCAUUAUUCUAUCAUUCUUUGUUAGAAUUUUACAUGAAAAGAUUAAGUACAAAUUUUAUGCUAACGUUAGAAUUUUGUCAUAUUAACCAGCUCUAAAUGCUAGGGGAAAGAACACAUCAUUGUGAAAAGGAACAUUGGUUAUCUCAUGUUAAAAAGUGUUUUGUCUCUUAACAAUUUUGGAUUCCUCAAUGAUUAUUGUUUUCUUUUUUCAUUGUGGUUUUCUGCUACAGUGUGAUAUAAUGCAUACAAAUAAUCAGUGCUCUGCUAUGUUCAAUAUUUUGCGCUGGUUUGGAAAAAAAAAUACAAGUGAGCUUUUUGAAAGCACUGUAAUAGAGGUUGAACUGGUUUUAUUGAUGGACUAUGCUCCGCUAAUGGACAUCAGUUACCUUGGUAGCAAAAUGGUGGGCCAAUUUUGUUUUCAAGGAUAUGAAAGGGACGAUAGCAAGAGAGGUGAUGCCUGGCUUUUUGUCUGCAGUAAACAGAUGAACAGCUAUUUGAACAAAGAUGAUCUUUCAGACAAAGACAUUAAAGGUGCAUACAGGUAAUAAAACCCCACAGAAUUGGCUGUGCAUGACUUAUAGAUUUAUUGUCCAUGGGUACAUCUGUGUGCAUCAUUGCUGACUAUAAUGGUGUGAAGUUUCUCAUUCAAA